AUGGAUGGCCCGACGCGGGGCCAUGGACUCCGCAAAAAGCGGCGGUCGCGGUCACAGCGAGACCGGGAGAGGCGCUCCCGGGGCGGGCUGGGGGCCGGCGCGGCCGGCGGCGGCGGGGCCGGCCGGACCCGGGCGCCCUCGCUCGCCUCGUCGUCGGGCUCCGACAAGGAAGACAAUGGGAAGCCCCCGUCCUCCGCCCCGUCCCGGCCCAGACCCCCGCGGAGGAAGCGGCGAGAGUCCACCUCGGCCGAAGAGGACAUCAUUGAUGGAUUUGCCAUGACCAGCUUUGUCACUUUUGAAGCGCUGGAGAAAGAUGUAGCACUUAAGCCUCAGGAACGCGUGGAGAAACGCCAGACUCCUCUGACCAAGAAGAAACGAGAAGCACUUACCAACGGCCUGUCCUUUCACUCCAAGAAGAGCCGACUCAGCCACCCACACCACUACAGCUCAGACCGAGAAAAUGACCGCAACCUCUGCCAGCACCUCGGGAAGAGAAAGAAAAUGCCGAAGGGGCUCAGACAGCUCAAGCCAGGGCAGAACAGCUGCAGGGACAGUGACAGUGAAAGCGCCAGUGGAGAAUCCAAAGGCUUCCACAGGAGCAGCUCCCGGGAAAGGCUCAGCGACAGUUCAGCUCCUUCCAGCUUGGGAACAGGCUACUUCUGUGACAGCGACAGUGACCAGGAAGAGAAGGCCUCAGAUGCCAGCUCUGAAAAACUCUUCAAUACUGUUAUUGUAAACAAAGAUCCUGAGCUCGGCGUCGGCGCGCUACCCCACCACGACGGCCACGAUGCGGGGCCCAUUGUCCCCAAGGUAUCGGGUCUAGAGCGGAGCCAGGAGAAGAGCCAGGACUGCGGCAAAGAGCCCCUGUUCGAGCCCGUGGUGCUGAAGGACGCGCGCCCUCAGGUCCCGCCGCCGCCGCCGCCCCAGCCCCAGGCGGAGCUCCCGCCCCGAGCGCCGUCUCCGGACCCCGCGUCGGGGCCGCGCGCCGAGCCCCCGCCGCCCCCACGCCCCGGCGCGCAGCCGCCGCCCGCGCCGCCGGAGGCCCCGCCGCAGCCCGCGCCGCCGCAGGCGCCCCGGCCGCCCCGGCCACAGUCCCCGGGGCCGCUGCCGCCCCAGGUCCUCCCGCCCGCACAGGCCCACCCCUCCGCCCAGAGCCUCCCCCAGCCGCUGUCCGCCUACAACAGCAGCAGCCUGAGCCUCAACAGCCUCAGCAGUAGCAGAAGCAGCACUCCAGCGAAGACUCAGCCCGCCCCCCCUCACAUCUCCCACCACCCCUCGGCCUCCCCGUUCCCCCUGUCGCUGCCCAACCACAGCCCCCUGCACAGCUUCACACCCACCCUCCAGCCCCCCGCACACUCGCAUCACCCCAAUAUGUUUGCCCCUCCCACUGCUUUGCCUCCUCCACCACCUCUGACAUCUGGGAGUCUGCAGGUGCCCGGACACCCGGCCGGGAGCACUUACUCAGAGCAAGACAUCUUGCGCCAGGAACUGAACACGCGUUUUUUGGCCUCUCAGAGUGCUGACCGCGGGGCCUCCCUGGGCCCCCCGCCCUACCUGCGGACCGAGUUCCACCAGCACCAGCACCAGCACCAGCACACGCACCAGCACACGCACCAGCACACCUUCACGCCCUUCCCCCACGCGCUCCCGCCCACAGCCAUCAUGCCGACUCCGGCUCCGCCCAUGUUUGACAAAUACCCUACAAAAGUUGACCCAUUCUACCGGCACAGUCUCUUCCAUUCUUAUCCUCCUGCUGUAUCGGGCAUCCCCCCUAUGAUUCCGCCCACCGGCCCUUUUGGGUCACUGCAAGGAGCUUUUCAGCCGAAGACGUCCAACCCGAUCGAUGUUGCCACCCGACCUGGGACGGUCCCCCACACUCUUCUCCAAAAGGACCCGAGGUUGACAGAUCCUUUCAGACCUAUGUUAAGGAAACCAGGGAAGUGGUGCGCGAUGCACGUUCACAUUGCCUGGCAGAUCUACCACCACCAACAGAAAGUCAAGAAGCAGAUGCAGUCGGAUCCACACAAGCUGGACUUUGGCCUGAAGCCUGAGUUCCUGAGCCGUCCUCCGGGCCCCAGCCUCUUUGGAGCCAUCCACCAUCCCCACGACCUGGCGCGGCCUUCAACUUUGUUCUCCGCCGCCGGUGCUGCACACCCAACUGGGACCCCGUUUGGGCCGCCCCCCCAUCACAGCAACUUCCUUAACCCUGCUGCCCACCUUGAGCCUUUUAAUCGGCCGUCUACAUUCACGGGCCUGGCAGCGGUUGGUGGCAAUGCCUUCGGGGGACUUGGAAAUCCUUCAGUUACACCCAACUCAGUGUUCGGCCACAAGGAUGGCCCCAGUGUGCAGAGCUUUAGCAGCCCUCACGAGCCCUGGAACCGGCUGCACCGAACGCCUCCGUCGUUCCCGACCCCUCCGCCCUGGCUGAAGCCAGGCGAGCUGGAGCGUAGCGCGCCCACUGCAGCUCAUGACAGAGAUAGAGAUGUAGAUAAACGAGACUCCUCCGUUAGUAAGGAUGACAAAGAAAGGGAAAGCGUCGAGAAGAGACACUCCAGCCACCCCUCUCCAGCCCCCGUCCUCCCGGUGAGCACCCUGGGACACGGCCGCAGCUCCGGCGAGCAGAUCAGGGGGCAUUUGAGCACCGAGGCUCGCGAGAAAGACAAGUGCAAGGACAGGGAGCGGGAGCACUCGGAAUCGCGCAAGGACCUGGGCGCCGACGAGCACAAGGCGAAGGAGGGCCCCCUGGCCGAGAAGGACGGCCACGGCCACGAGGGCCGCGCCGCGGGCGAGGAGGCCAAGCAGCUGGCCCGGGUGCCGUCACCCUAUGCGCGGGCGCCCACGACCGACAGUGCCCGGCCGGGCAGCGCUGCCAGCCGGGACGCCGAGCCGCGCAAGGGCGAGCCGGCCUACGAGAACCCCAAGAAGAGCGCCGAGGUCAAGGUCAAGGAGGAGCGCAAGGAGGACCACGACCUGCCCCCCGAGGCCCCGCCGACCCACCGGUCCUCGGAGCCACCGCCCCCGCCGCCGCCGCCCAGCUCCUCAGCCGGCGUGCACCCGGGGCCCCUAGCCUCCAUGCCCGUGGCCGUGGGGAUGCCCGGGAUCCACCCCAUGAACAGCAUCAGCGGCCUGGACAGGACUCGCAUGAUGACGCCCUUCAUGGGCCUCAGCCCCAUUCCGGGCGGGGAGCGCUUCCCGUACCCUUCCUUCCACUGGGACCCCAUCCGGGACCCCCUGAGGGACCCCUACCGGGAACUGGACAUUCACCGCAGAGACCCGCUGGGCAGGGACUUCCUGCUGAGGAACGACCCUCUGCACCGGCUCUCGACGCCCCGGCUGUACGAAGCCGACCGCUCCUUCCGGGACCGGGAGCCGCACGACUACAACCACCACCACCACCACCACCACCACCACCCGCUGGCGGUGGACCCGCGGCGGGAGCACGAGCGCGGGGCGCAUCUGGACGAGCGCGAGCGCCUGCACGUGCUCCGUGAGGACUACGAGCACCCGAGGCUGCACCCCGUGCACCCGGCCUCCCUGGACGGCCACCUGCCGCACCCCGGGCUGCUCACGCCGGGGCUGCCGAGCAUGCACUACCCGCGCAUCAGUCCCACGGCGGGCCACCAGAACGGACUGCUCAACAAGACGCCCCCGACGGCGGCGCUGAGCGCACCUCCCCCGCUCAUCUCCACGCUGGGGGGCCGCCCCGUGUCCCCCCGCAGGACUACGCCCCUGUCCGCCGAGAUCAGGGAGCGGCCUCCCUCCCACACGCUGAAGGACAUCGAAGCCCGGUAAGGAGCGGACAGGACGCCCGGCGGGACACACGGGCCCGCGGGCCGCGCAGCGCCGGACUUGCGGGCCUGCCCUCCGCGCGCGCUGGCGUCUCCAGUGCGGGUGGGGAGCCCCCAGCGCCUCCCUGUGUAUAAAAAGAAAUUGUGUAUAGACUCGGUGCAGAUUUUGAAAUGUUUUUUGUAUAUUCUCUGUUGAAAUUUUCCAGAUCUUUUAGCCGAUUCAUACGUUCUCAUGUCUCCCCACUCUUUUGGUUUGUCGUAUAAAACUUUUUUUGAUUUGAACCAAAACAGUGAAGAUGACCACACACACACCGACACGGUGAUAAUUGGGGGGUGGGGGGAAGCAGGCAAGA